UGUCCUCUUGUGCAUCGAUAACGCAUCGGUGCAUCGGUCUGGAAAAAGUUUCCACGCUUCUUCCUCUCUCCUUCGCUCCUCCUUCUCUUUCUACUCUACGCGUGAGUGAUGGGAAAUGCUUUUUUUUUUCUUCUUGAUGAUCUCUUUUUACCGGGUGUCGAUGAUAUUUAUGUGAUACGUUUGGAGAGAAUUCGAUGGAUGAAAAAUUGGUGUAGAAAAGGAAAUAUCAGAUCGAGGCUUGUUCGUUCAGCUUACGAGCUUCAGAGGUUUAAAUUCGUGUUGGAUAAAGACGUAGAUAGAAUAAGGAGGGGGGAAGAGAGAGAGAGAGAGAGAGAGAGCGAUCUCUUCUCAUCUCGCUUCGUCUAAUUGCUUGCUUAAUAAGAAAGCUUUUGUACAUCAAUUUUUUUCUUCGAUUCGAAUCUGUAGAAUACGAAUGUAAUUCUUAUAAAUUUUGAUAGAUAGAAGUUUUGAUAGGUUGAAAGUGUUCGAUACUAUCAUAUUCGAAUGAUAAAAUCGAACGUAGAAAAGGAGAUUCAAAACGUGUAUCAUUUCUACUACGUGUUCGACUCGAUUCUAUCACGUGUUAUCUAAAAAAAUCCUGCGAGUUGCAUAAAGACGCGAAGCAGAGAUCUCGAACGAAGCGAAAGGCAGCCGGAAUCGACGAGAACAUCCCAUCCGGCAAAUUUCACCGGUUUUACUUUCGCGAGGUGAAACGGAAGUGCAUCAACGCGCAAACGAUGCGAAUCUUCGUGUUCUAUACACCGCGGAAGAGUGGAUGUUCCACACUCGUGCGGAAGUUUCCUUUUUUUUUUUUCUUUUUUUUUUUCUUUUUUCCCCCUCCCCUCCUUGUUGGUGCAAUCGUUGGAAACCGGAAACUGAGAACCGGAUUGUUUACUUGAAGAAGACACGCGAUGCUGGCCAAGCUUUUGCAAAUGUGCACGGUCUCGAUGACAUUAUCGCGGCGAAAGCAUCUCUCAAGAUAUUCCUUUUGCUUCGUGCAAAAGGAAAACGGACGUAACAUUUCUAAUUCGAGGUUUUUACUCGAUCCACUCGUAAUCGUGACACGCGUGUCGACGAAAGAAAUUAUCGAUCUCGUUCCAUCGAAUCCGCGAUUGGACGUGGAUGAAAUUUUGAAAUUUUUUCUUUUUUUUGUUCGAACGAUCCUGUUGAAUAUUCGAAAUAUAAAUUGGAGCCGAUGUUUUGAGCCGUUACCGGGAAGAUAAUAAAGAUCCGCGGAUGGGAUAUUAUUACGUAGUUAGAAAAAUGUUUGGAGAAGAAACUCGAGUGGGCGGGGAAGAAGCUAGAGGUUGGAAGAUAUCCAACUCUUGUAGACUUUUGCAAUUUUGUCGGGAAAUAGAGUUCCACGUUUGCUUUUUAUCGGGGCGAUUCUCGCCUUAAAAUUAACUCGGGUUUGUUGACUGGAAUUUAUAUUUCCUUAUAGAUUUCUUAUUUCUUAUUUUUUAUCUUUGUCCGAAGAUAAUUAUGUAAAUAUGAUAAAUUUUGCGUUAGAAUUAAUACCGCGUUUGUCGAUAGAAGAAAUUAUUACACUUGUAUAUUUAUCUUAUUUAUAAUUUUGUCUACUAAAAUAACGAGGAGUGGUCGCCGUGAUCGUGGGGGGGAUCUAAAUUUACAAUUCUUGGAAAUCGACUACUUUAUUGCUCUUAUACUAGACAGAAUCGCCGCAUAGAACAAAAGAGUACAGUCGGGAAGAACAGAAGGGGUAAACGUUCUAAAGAUACGUAGGGCUCUAAUUCGAGGAUCUAAUUCAUGCAUGUGGAACUCAUGUGUCGCCGCAAUGGCUGGAACUUUCACAUCGCUCUUCUUCCGUUAACAAGAAUCAUCGAUGGUGUCCCCUCAAAAUGCAAUUCGAAAUUGAUCAAUUUUUUCUCUCUUUCUUUCUUUUCAUUUAUAAACAAACGAAGCUUCCUCUUCGAAGAGGGGGAAAAAAAAAUAUUGGAAAGAAAAAUCUGAAUCAACUUUCGACGAAACGUUGAAUGAAUUUGUAAAAAGGAUCGUAAUGCGAUAUUUAUAUUUUCUUCGUAACCGUGUCAACUCGAGGAGAUAUAUGCGAGCGCGCGACGUUCGGCUCGAUUUUAUUUCGAGACGCGGAACACGAUUUUUCCCCCCGCAGAAAUAGAUUCGAUUUCAGCCCGUUCCGGCGUGGUAUCGACCGGCGUCACGUUUUCCUCGAUGAUCCACUCACAGAAAAAUCCUCUCGUCUAGCCGAAGAAGUCACCGCUCAGACGCCCAGCCCAAGAACCCGGGAGCUGAAAAAUGGCGUCCUAUGGCCAUCUCGAACCCAUCGACUCGGUUGCGCAUGGCAAGAUCCAUGCCCCACUGGGUACUGGCGCAACAACAGAAGGAGAUGGACCAGAAGCAGCAACGCCGACCGCCGACCCCACCGAAAGUACCGCCACCGUCGCUCUCCGGAGACUGUGGUGACCCGGACUACGAGAUCAUCGAAUUUCCGACCCGACCGCAAGCGCAGAAAUCCUCUCAGACACCGGCCGCGAACAAGUGCGCCCUGUGCGGGGCCGAGAACGUGUACGCCCGUUGCGACACGUGCAACGGGAAUUACUGCGAGGCCUGCGACGACAUGAACCACAAACAUCCGAAAAGGAAGAACCACGUGCGAAGAAGAAUCGUGACCACCGGCACGGCCACGAAAACACGGCCACCCUUGCCGCCAAAAGGGGAGAAUUUGUCCAGCCCGCCGCCCGUACCGCCACCUAGGCGAAACCGCAAGAACGCUCAGGCUAAAUCGACGCAAAACCAGGGAUCGACGAAUCUCUUGAUCGAGAGAGUUGGCACUUUGAAGCGGGCACUUCCAAACACGGCCAGACCCCUGUCAGCCACGUUAGAUACGAAAACCGUGUCGAAAUCCAUGCAAUCUAUGAAUAUCACUACCGAUGGAGCAGGAUCGAGCACCGACAAAAUGUCCACUCUGCAGGAGAGGUAUAGGAAAUACCAGGAGGCGAUGAGAGCGCAGGAUGCGAACAGAAGGAGACACACUUCUUCCGACAUUUCGAGAGACGCAAGGCCGUUGAGUGUAACCAGUCCGAAACUCGCUCCUCCGAUACCACCACCUCCCCCGCCCAGAUCCAUGAUGCAAUCGGCCAGCGUUUGCGAUUUAUCGUCGCCUCAUAUGUGGAACCCUGGAAUUCACCAGGCUCAAUCAAUGGCCCAUCUCGGUCCUGGAGGAAUGCCAAUAAUGUGGUAUCCACCGAAUCCUCAAUGGGACGUGAGCAUGGGGGGUUCGACGAUGAGUCUGAACCAUCCGGCUAUGUGGGCCUAUCCCAUGGGAUAUCCCCCAUCACAGAUGCUCCCACCGCAUUAUCCGGGCACCCUGUCCAGGCCUCACAGCCCGGCGAGAAGCGUGAAAUCGAGCAGAAGGUCGAGAGCAGCCUCGCCAUCUCCUAGUCUGAAAUCUAGAAAGUCAUUGGCUUCGAGGUCGAGAUCGAGAAGAUCCCAAGGCUCGCCGUCCGAUGCAAGCUCCGAAGAUUCCGGAGAGUCGGAUUUCGAUGACAGGCUUUCCAAGAGCUCGAGAGGAACCAGGCGUGGAAGCGUGUCCAGGAGCACGAGGCAAAGGAGUUAUCACGAGGAUGAUAACGCUAGGAACUUGUUGAACAGGAAUCGUCGCGAAAGGCUAAUGUCAGAGGAAAGAGUUACCAGUACGGAGGAUCAAUGGUCCGAGAAUCAAUCGAUUAAACGGUAUCCAAUGUCGCCUAGGGGCUACGACGAAUUCCAGAAAAACAGUCUAAAUUCGCGAAGACGAUACGAGCAAGAUGAGCGGAGGCUUUCCAGGGUGGACUCGCGAUUGGAUCGCGUUCAGAAUGGCAGCUAUCGUCGAAAACGGAGCACCGACGACGACUCGUCAGAUAGAAGAUCCAGCGUGCAGACUCGAUCCAGAAUGACCAGUUCCUCUGACGAUCAUUUCGAGAGAUCAGAAAUGAUGGUUCCACGACGAAGGGACGACGAAGUGAUUCCUAGAAGAGCCUCCUCCGUAAGAAGAGACAUCAUAAAUUUGGACAACCUCGAAAGAUCCUCUCGCAGAGAUUCUCGAAGAUCCUCCAUCGACAGCGAUACACAGAUGACGAGAAAAACUCCUUCCAGAGACUCGUUCCCCAAGAAGAUUCAGGGAACGGAGGGAAUUAUCGAUGAUGCGAGAUCCAUUAGAGACGUCGAAGAGAACGCGCCACGUGCUGCGAGGAAUCUUCGAAGUCGCGAGUCCUCGCAAGAUCGAAACGUGGCCACGAAGCGAGAAUCUCUGUUGAGAAAACAAACUUCGUCCGAGGAAAUGGAGAGAUUGAAACGAGCGUCGUCCCGUGAGAACGUCAGAAGGACCCCGUCUCGAGAGGGAGUCCCCAGAAAAAUUCGUGAAAACGACGAACCACGACCCAUGAGUAGGAACCAGGAGGAGGCUCGAGAAGUUGGUCGUUCCGUUGAAACGGAGAAACGAAGUGAGGAAGGUGCAAAGGAUCCAAAGAGAACGGAGAAUGAACGAAUUAAACGUCUGGAAAGGACAUCGUUGACAGGAAAGGAAGAAAUGCGUGGAACAACGACGAACGCGGAUCAACGAAAUUCAUCCAAAGAUGCAAAUGAAAGAAACACGACGAUGGAGAUCCCUAAAGAGGAAUGGGCUUGCGAGCAUUGCACCUUUAUAAACAAUAUAAAGGAUCGGGUGUGCGUUGUUUGUUGCAAAACUAGAAGCAGCGCGUUGCCGCCUAGCAUGGAAGAGAACAUGGAAGACGUUCCAAGCGAUUUGAGCGAGAUUCCCAAAAAUGAGUCGGCCAGCAAUCCCAGUCCAGAUCUCGAGAAACGGAUCAGCCUGUUAAAGAUUUCGAACAGCGAAGAGAGCGGGGACAGUGUCUCCACAAAGAGCAAAGAUAUCGCGAUGUUUGAAGAUUCAUCGAAAGUCACCGAUAAACCGAUGGCUGAAUCUUCUUUGAAAAAUGAAUCGGCAUUGAUAACGAACGAUGCAUCGGUAACAAGCACGAAAAUAAACGAGGUGGAGCCAAUUAAACGACCCAUGCUCGGGAAAAUUCCAAAAAGCCAUUCGGUUUCCACCGGAACCUCCCCACCUCCUCAGAGCAUUUCCACUCAAACCUACGACUACCUUCCAUCGAGAGGAAGUGGCGGAUUCGUGAGAGCUGCAUCCGCUUCAAAGGGAUUAUUAUAUUAUGAGGACAGUGAUGGAGAGGAUGCUGAGCGUUUGUUUCAGGAACAAACCGGAUACGCGAACAGCCCAGAUUUGUAUCCACGAACGAUCCAGGAUCAGUCGUAUCUCCAACAGUUGAUCGGGCCCAGCAGAGAUCGUACGCGAAGAAAUUCCAUCGACUCCACCCACCUUUAUUAUCGUUCCAGGGAAUCGAGCCAGCCCAGAUACCUCGAAGCUGGACCAAGUUCACAAGGUGUUUCAACGUUAACCAGACAAGGCUUGGAGAUCGUAGAGAUUUUAAGGGAGGCUGAGAAACAUGGUUACUCCACUGACGACGUCCAGGUGGCUUUGUCUCAGGGGGCGAGCAACCCCAUCGACUGGUUGAAGACCCAAUGGCCCCACUUAGUGGAAACCGUGCAAGUUCUGGUUACCACUCAAGGAAGGGAGAUGAAAGAGAAUAAUAUUGGGAUGCUUUCCGGCGUGGAGGCGAAAGAGGCCUUGAGAAUUACGAAAGGAGAUGUUUGGAAGGCUGUCGCGAUGGCCGCUCAACGUAGACAGCUAAAAUGCGAGGAAAUUAUGAAGAAAGGGAAUUUCACGAUGAUGGAAGUGGUGAAAGCGUUAGAAAAUAACGCCGGUGCCGAGGAUGCGGCUUUGUUCGAGCUGCAAAAAAAUCAGCUCAAGCCGUUCUUGAUGAGGAUUUGGGGUCCUCCGGUUGGGGUGGAAAACGACGAGGCUGCACCGCGGGAAGAUGCGGUCGGUGGUGAAACGAGCGGUUCCGAACAGGUUACCCGCGUGGGUACGGACACGGAAGCCAGGAAGCAGGUAAUGUCACCAAUCGUAGAAAAUUUCGUCGCGUUGCAGGCCGAUUUUCAAAAGCAACUGGCAGCCCUCAGACAGCUAACCGAUAACUGGCAACACGAAAAAGACCCCCUGAACACGCUCGGUAAUAAGCCUGAUAAUCUGUAUCAAGUUAACAAUGACGAUCGAACAGUUCUAAUCGAUAAAAAUCUGGUCCCAAGGGACGCACAAGAUGUAGCCAACACAGUUAAAACAAUGGAGAACGAGGGAUCGAUGAAACGAGCGAACGAGGACGAAACUAAAUUAACAACUCAAAAUACCGAUACACCGAUCGAUAAACACGAUAAAAAUAAUAAUUCCGCGAUACGAAAUUUGAUUGGAGAUAAACAAGUCGAAAAAUUGGAGGAGGAUGCGAACGAUAAAACGAUCAAAGACGAAAUUUUUCGCGACGACAAAAAUAUCUCGUACGAGAUCCGAGACGCCCAUCAAACCGAGACAAUGAUGAUGAUUAAAAAUACUAUUUCACCUAUUGUAUCCGAAGACCACGAUAAAAGUAUUAAUAAUUCCAAUAAUAAUAAUACGAUGAGUUUAAUUGAAAAAGAAGUUUGCAAUCAGGCGGAAAAUUCUUGGCAGAAUGAUCGAAGCGAUCGGGAGCAAAAAGAGAUUUCGACCAUCGAUAGAAACAUAAAGGGAGAAGAAUCUAAAGAGAAUAAAAAGGAAAAAAGUGUUUCGUCCCCUGGUAUCGAGAAAGAAUCAUCUUAUACAGCGAUGGGCGAAACGAACGAUAUAACCAGAUCGAAAGAGAAUGUAAAGAAAACGGUAAAGAUGAGUUCGAAAGUAGCCCAAGAGAAGGGCGAAGAACCGAUUGGUUCUCGCAUUAAAGAAAGCGAAACGACCUCCCGAAAGAGCUCCGAUCCCGGGCAAAGCGGCGUAGAAAUAGAUAAAGCUUCCUCGCCGUUCUCGAAGAAGAACGAGCCGCCAUCCCAGAAGGCUUCCUCUGAUCUUCAUCAAAGGCCGUUACAAGUAGAUAAAGAUUCCUCUUUGGUGGAAAUACCGAGUAUCCCUUUGCCGUGCAACGUAUCGGACCACGGUUUGCCGGAAAGUAUAUCUCCAAUGUUGGAAGAAUCUACUCGAGAUCAACCGCAAAUCGAUGGAAUCGAACGGCCUGAUUUAAUAAACGAAACGGUGGAACAAGCUGGCUUGGACCUCUCUCAGAGAGAGGCACAGAUCUCCGCAGAAUUAAUUAAGGUUGUUGAAAAUUCCUCCGAGGAGAAGAACGAGAGGAUUUCGGGGAAUAUCGAAAUGGCGAGCAAAGAAACGAACGAAUCGAAUAAAUUAAAGCGUGGAGAGAAAGAUACGCAGAAGGCAGAAUCGAAUAACGUGAUCGGGGGAUCUCGAUCGACGAUAAUUACGACAGUUGAAAAUGGUUUCACGGAUCAAAGUUUCGAGACCGUCUUGCCGGAAGCUCCGCAGAAAGGCAAAGAGACGCAGGUAGAGGCGUUGUUAUCUGCGAUGAAAUCGUUGCCGGAGCAAUUACUGGGUCCUUUCAUAUCGGCGAUGCAGAUGUUGUCGUCGAAGAAAUCGAGCGUGGUGGACGCCGGUAUUCUCGAUUCUGAAUCGAGAAAAAAUCAAAACUCUUCGCCUCUUCGAACUUCCAUUGAUGGAGGAUCGAUCGAAGAUAAAAGUGCGCCUCGAAGCGUGGAAAAUUCAGGGAAACUCGUAACGAAAGUAGGGGAAACAACGGCGGCUGACAUCGAAAAAUUGCAAGAGAUCGAAACGGUACGUAGAAACGAGAAAAACGAUAACAACGUUAAAUUGACUAACGUAGAAGGGGGGGGAAUGGAGGCAGAAUUUAACAGGAAUCGGGUCCCAGAAGAAGAGAAAUUGUUACUGAACGAAGGGAUAACGGAAACAUCGAUGGAACACGUAAGUUCUCAGAAACGUUCCCCGGAAAUUGCGGUUGACGAUACUAACACAAGUGAAAAAGCAUCUAAUUCUGAACACUCUCAACGCUCGAUAAACGAAAUUUCGAGCAUCGAUUCGAGGGCAUCGUCAUUAGAUAUCGAGAAUUCAUGUCAUAAAUAUCAUCUCUCGAAUUCUGAAAUUCAUACGCGGAAUCCAUCGAUUGACGACGAGCGAUCGUCGUCGAAGGAAACGGAUAACUCGAACGGCACGAGAAGUUCUCUUAACAAUGCAUCUUUGAAAAACGAAUCACUCAUCAUUGAUAGUCCGAUAAGACUAAACGAGGCCAUUGGCGCGCAACCAUUAUCGAGCGAGACGUCAUCCUCGUUCGUACGUGACUCGGGGACGUCUGUCAGUGAAUCAUCCGACAUGCAAAUGCGCUCGACCGCUAUUGGGGCUCGAGCUGGCGAUGAUAACCGUGUGAAAUUAAUUGAUGCCAGUUUGGUGGCUGACAAUCGACCCUCUGCGGAGAGUGCGACCAUUUUGGGGCGCAAAUCGCUUGAUAAUAAUCAUACUAAUUCGAUUCGGACGGAUGCGCUUCCCUUGGUUUCCACCCUUGAAGAAAAUCCUAAUUUAGUAGAUAGUAGAGUCUCUGUUGGCCCAGCUUUGAAAAAUUCUCUAAUUGAUCCGCAGAAAAUUUCCGAGGAGCCCGAUAAUUUAAUUAAAAAUGUUUCUCAAAAUUGUGAAAAUAUCAGACACGAGAUUUUGAAAGAAGUCGCUCGAAAAGAGAUACCCGAGGAAGCUAGAUCUGUUAGUCUAGAUUCUUCAAAAGAUCUUGAAAUAGCUCAGGAAAUUUCUGUAGAUUCUAAGAUCGUUGUAACUCCUAUAGAUUCCAAAGUUGAUGGAAUUCCUCCAGAUACCGAAUCCUCUGUUUCCAAUAUUUCAAUGGAUUCUAAUAUUGUUACGCGCGAAGAAUCAGAAAAUUUGAAAAUUUCUAUUCAACCAGUUCCUGAGAAUUCAAAGAUUACGUCUAAUAAUACGUCUUUAAAUUCUAAAACUACAAUCUCUGAAAUUAUUUCCACUGAAAUAUCCGCGGAUUCUAAAAUUAUUGUUAAAGAAAUUUCGAGAACUCUUACACAUGAGAUUCCUUCAAAUUCUGAUAUUCACAAAGAUUCAAAAAUUACAAUCUCUGAAACUUCGAGAGAUUCUAGAUCUAUUCCAAACGAGGUACUUGAAGAUUCCAAAAUUCUUUAUUCUGAAGAUUCUCCAGAUUUAAAGAUAGCUAUUCCUGAAAAGAAUUCUGAUAUUUCCAAAAAUCUUGAAAUAGUUUCUGAAACUUCGAAUAAUUCCAAAUCUCUUCCAAGUGAAAUAUCCGAAGAUUUAAAAAUUUAUACUCAAGAAGAUUCUUCAGAUUUAAAAUUAACAGUUGAAAAAAAUCCUGAUAUUUCCACAAAUUCUAACAUAUUAAAUAAUUCUAAAUCAAACGAAAUACCUAAAGAUUCCAAAAUCGUUAUUCAAGAAGAUUCGAAAGAUUGUCAAGUUCCUAUUCAUAAAUCUUCUUCAUAUUUAAAUAUUAUUCCUGAAGAAAAUUCCAAAACUACUUCACCUGAUACUUUCGAGGAAUCUGACAACGGUCACAAAGCAUCCCAAGAGUCCAAAACUCCAGAGAUCCUUAACAAGCCCACAACGAUCGUCCACGAAACUUCUGAAAACGCGUUGCAUGUAUCUGAAAAAGUGGAGCAGCCUAUCUCCGUCGCAUGCCACGUCCCCAACGACAAAAUCGAUACCUCACCGCUAACUUCUGCAAGUAAGUCUGUCGAUUCUAAAGAGGAAACUUCCAAGCAAAUUAGCAUUCGAUCGAAACCAGAAGAUAACACUGCGUCUCCAUCUCCCGCGAAAAUAAACGAUAUAGAAAAAGAUACCUCUCUUCUCCUUCUAGAAACAAAAACUGGCAUAGAAAUCCAGGAUAAUUCGAAUAAAUCAAUAAGAAGGAUCGAUUCGAAGUUAGAGAAAAACAAUGGAGAGAUUCGAUCCGUGCUCUCCCCCUCGACAUCUAGCAACGUUGACGCGAACAAACCUUCUGAACUCCUCGCGAAUAUCGAAUCGACGAUUAUAACUACCUCAAGUGACCCUUCUAUUUCCGGUUCCUCGUCGAGCCCGCGUACUUUGAACGGAUCGGCCGUUAACGAGCCAAAUUCCACGGAUACUAACGACAUACCGGGCCGGUUCGUCGCUCCUAAUAACGUUCCCGAUAUCUCGCGUAACGCGUCAAACUCGAUCGAAGGAAGUACCGGUAUCGAGUCGAAUCUGAACGAAACUUAUUUCGCCGAUAACGUGCCUGGAACCCUUAACGAAUCUUCCCGCGAUGAUAAAAGUACAGAAAAAGAUUCGAACAAUAACGCGGCCCAUUUAUAUCCUCCAACUUGGAACGAAAUUGGUGGAAAUGGGAUCGAAAUAAAACGGAAGGAAAAUCCUGAAAUAUACGUUGUCUCGGAUACUUCUACGAUCUGCGAAGAUUCGUCGGUAAAUUUAACGGGAUUCGAUUCGGGUAUUGAUUCCAGUCAAGGAAUUGUUGCGUGUUCGAAAGUAAAUAGUAUUAAUGACGCACAUACAGGAGCGGCCGACGUUAUAGAGAUCAAAAUAAGCGAAUACCCUAUGAUAGCGGUGAACGAUUGCGCGCCAAUAAAAGUGGUAGAAAGUCGAUCGGAAGGGGAGCCGAUCGAGGGAUCGAGGAAAUUGCGAACAGAAAGCGAGACACGCGAGAUCGUGACGAUUUCGGGAGAAAGCGCGGUGGACGUCGAAAAUAAUGAAACGGAUGCAAAUGAAGUUGAUAAAGCGGUUACUUCGAGAGGUACGGUGAAGGAGAGAUCCAAAUCUCCUGCGAAAAAGAUCGGCAGAAGGAGGUCUCCAGUGAAAGUAGUGAAAAAACCGACCGGCAUACCGAGAAGAAAUUUCGGAAAAGUCAGCCCGAAAGGCGCGACGAUGGCAAAGGCGAAGGAAACCGCGGCCGAAAUAACUCGAAGAUCGACAUCGUCGAAUCAAAAAUCGUCGAGAAAAAGUCCUCCAAAAACUAUCACGAAGAUCGCGAAAAAUAUUUCCUCGAACGAGGUAACGAACAAAACGAGAUCAUUGCCACCUCAGAGACAAAAGCAAAUUUUGAAGAAUCUUAAAGCUCCAACAGAAAAAAUGGUGACGGAAAAGAGAUCGACAAUUAUGAAUACUUUAUCGAAAGGUUGCGAACAAAUUAAGAGAUCGAUCAUGCCCGCGCCAUUAGCCACUGAUAGAAGUAACGAAGUAGCGGAUGAGAAAAAUUUAAAAGGGAAGAACACGUUGAAAUGUUCCUUCCUCUCGAGGAUACCCGUGUUCACGGCAAGACGUCGACUUCCGCCACAGACUGGUGAAACUUCGUGGCAAUCUUGGAGAACGGUAUCCGGUGACGGGUUAACUAGAGCUUCGACGAAACCAUCGAUUACCCAACAAGCAUCGAGAAAAAGUAGUUCAGCUGGAAAUUCUUCGAAGAUUGGAGCCGGGCAAAAAAUGGAUUCCGAUAAAGUCGAGGGAAAUUUAAAUGGCGGAAAGACGGUGGUCGUAAAAACUGAAGCAGCUCGGACGAGAACUUCCGGGGAUGAGAAAGGCACGGGAGAAAAAACGAAACCCGCGAUGGUAUCGGAGAAAAAUGACAAGGAGGUAGUCGUGAUCGAGUCUACUAAGGGAGAUCCGAUGGUAUCCGAGGAAGUGGAUUUAAAUGAUACGACUUCGAGCGAAGAAUACGAGCUGGAAGAAGUUUCAGAUAACGAAACUUCCGCCUCAGACUUAGAGAGCGUCACUGAAUCGGAAUGUAUAUCGGAAAAAGAGCAAUCAGAUCGUACAUUGGAUAGUACGGAGGAGCUGACCGAUGCCGAAAUUAUGCUACAAGAAACGAUUAACGCGAUAAAGGCGAAAAUAUCCGAUUCCGAAUUCGAGGAUUCUGAAAAUGAAUAUAUCACUGAUAACGAGAGCCAAGAGGAUUCUAACGAAGAUCACGUGAGAGAUUCUUUCUCCGAAGAAGAGGAGGAACAAUUGGAGAAAAAUAAAAAAAUUGAUGAUGAAAAUUCGGAUAAUGCAUCGUCCGAAGAAGAUGAUACUUUGAGAGAUGAUAACGUUGAUCUGAAGAAUCAACAAUUGCAAAGAACAAAUAAAUUACACGAUAAUACCAAAAAUGUAUCUAAAAAAAAUAUUAUUUCUAAAACUUGUUCCAUUAAAAAAUCUGCUGUAUUUAUAAAAAAUGACACAAAUAUCGUCAAAGAUAAGUCUGCUAAAUUAAGCGAAAAACUUGAAAUAAACAAGUCUGGUAAAAACGAGCAAAACAAGAUAGAUCUUAAGACAGAAAUUGUAAAAAUGAAACGAUCGAACGAUAAACGCACGAAAGUGAAUCGCAGAGCGAGCACAGGCUGUGGCAGAGGGGUGGAUCAGGGUGGAACGUUAAAGAAACGAUUCUCUUUGGUGGCCAGUUGUAUCCAUCGAUUCGAGGGCGAAGAGAAAACGGAACGAGAAUAUGUGGAAAGUAGGAGCGGCAACGCAAAGACAGGCGUUUCUCCCAAAACGGAGAGGGAGAGAAUUGCUCGUCGUCUCUUAGCGGAAGGUAGAGCGUCGAAUUACGAUGAAGCGGAAGUAGCCGCCAGUUUGCUGGCUCUGAAAUUCGGAGACGUUGAGGCUCUCCAAGCGGCCAAAGAGUGUUCUAGCAUAGAAUCAGCAUUAGCAUUCUUACAACAGGAAUGUGAACUUUGCACGGGUCGUUUUGCGAUGAGUCAGAUAGUGUCCAUGUUAAAAUGCAUUCAUCGUUGUUGCAACGAGUGUGCAAAAAAUUACUUCACCAUCCAGAUCAGUGACAGAAAUAUAACGGAUGCAGUUUGUCCAUUCUGUAAAGAGCCAAAUCUUAAAGAUGCGAAUGAAGAUGAGGUGUUGGAAUAUUUUAGUAAUCUGGACAUACAGUUGAAGACACUUCUAGAUCCUCCGAUUCACGAACUCUUUCAGAGGAAACUGAGAGAUAGAACAUUAAUGCAAGAUCCGAAUUUUAAAUGGUGUAUUCAGUGUUCAAGCGGAUUUUAUGCAGAUCCAGAUCAAAAGAGAUUAAUAUGUCCCGAUUGUCGAUCAGUCACGUGUGCCCAGUGUCGAAGGCCAUGGGAGAAACAGCACGAAGGAAUUACGUGCGAGCAAUUUGCUGCUUGGAAAGACGAGAAUGACCCGGAUAAUCAAGCCGCUGGCUUAGCCAAGCACCUCGCGGAUAAUGGGAUAGAUUGUCCUAAAUGCAAAUUUCGUUACUCCUUGUCUCGAGGAGGUUGUAUGCAUUUCACAUGCAGUCAAUGCAAGUACGAGUUUUGCUGCGGUUGUGGCAAAGCGUUCAUGAUGGGAGCAAAAUGCUCGGUAAGCCCGUAUUGCGCAAAGCUAGGUCUUCACGCUCAUCAUCCACGGAAUUGUCUGUUCUAUCUUCGCGAUAAGGAGCCCGGCCAAUUACAACAGCUGUUACGAGAUAAUGGAAUCGAGUACGACACAGAGGGUCCAGCUGGCGAGCGCAAGUGCAAAGUGCAAUUGCAAAAAGAAACUCCUACUGGUGUUGUAGAUGCGGUAUGCAAUUCGGAUGUUGUCGAGGGACACGCUGGUUUAUGCAGGAACCACUAUAUCGAAUAUCUAGUUCGAAAGAUUCGGAUGAUUCAACUGGAACCGCUUCCGUUAUUAAACAUAGAUGAUCUCGAGACAUGCGUGAAACGUGCGGGGAUCAAGUUACCCCCAAAUUGGCAGCACUACAUAGAAUACUUGGCGGGUCUGGUACUGAAGGGCAAACUGGAUCCCGUGGCGAUCUUUGACUUGAACGAUGCCAAGCAAGAGCUGCGCCGUCGGGGAAAAGUUCCCCCUGCAAAGGACCAGGAAAUGUCCGAGCGGGAUUAUCUCGAGGCGUGCAUUCAGGUGACUAACAAUUCCUCUCCUGCACUCCUGCCCCGACACACUGACCGAAUUAACAAGAAAUGCACGAAAGUAGAUCUUCACAUAUGACUUUCGCAGCCAAAAAAUGCAACAGUGUGCGCGUCGAAAAAAAAGAAAUCUGAAAUUGUGAUAUGAAUUUUAUUUUUUUUCCUUUUUUUAAUUCUAUAUUGGAAUGAAUAUUAGUUUUUGAUACCAUUAAAAAUAUUAUAUUUAUUAUGUUUUACAUUUGGAUGUUUUGCAGAUCGUGCGCAAGGAAAUUCCAUUGGAGUGAUAGAAGGGGAAUAAUUAAUGCGCGAUUUUACGUAUCUCACGCUUUUUAUGCAUCAUGUAUAGUGUAUUUAUUUUAUCAUAUGGACAGCGAUGUAGAGAACAAUUUACAAUUAAAGUAAACAAAGAUUGAAAA